UCCUUUGAGUGCUAUGGGCGCAUAUAUGCGUCCGGCGAAAGCUAUUUGUGUGGACUAUGGGCGCAUAUAUGCGCUUGGUAAAAGUUAUCAGCAUGGACUAAGGGCGCAUAUAUGCGUUUGUCAUUUUUUUCGAUCUUCCGCGUAGUAAUAUUACAAUUAGCUUUAUGUGAGAUGAACAUGUGUGUGUUCCUUAGUAACGGCAAUAAACAGAAACAAAUUAUGGUGCGUUAUAACAAUUAUCUGUUUCUUUCGCGAAGAGUCGUAAUUGUUGUCAGUCACGAAAGCUGUGGUUGUAGCAGUUGCAAACGCGGUACAGUAGUGCAGUGUAUAAUUUAUUAUAUUACAUUUGAUUUAUGACAUCCCCGAAAAUGUCGAGUAAUCCUGAAGAAUAUAUUACAAGGGACGACAGUGAAAUAGGAAACGAUUAUGAUUCAAGCGCAUCAAUGAAUAAUGUGUACCAAUUUGCUCCUUUAUCGUCGGAUUCUGAUGAAGAUACAGAUAACAUUAUAAAUAAUCGAUUAGCUGGACGGAAAAGUAUAAAUAGAAAACGGCCCAGAUUAUUGAGUACCUCUUCAGAAGAAGAAGAUUCAAAUUUAUCUCCAAAUAUCGAGAACUGUGACCAGACUGGAAGAUUAUUGUGGUCCAAAAAUAAUUUGUCGCCUACACUACAUAUUUUUGAUGAACACAAUUCAGGAGUAAAAGGAUAUUUGAAUGCACAGUCAACACCCUUAGAUGCCUUUCAAAUGUUCUUUUCGGAGGAAUUAGUUUCACAAAUUACCACGCAGACAAACAAUUAUUGCAAAUAUGUACAAGAACAUACAACAUAUAAAAUGAAUUCCCGUGGUAAGAAGUGGAGGGAUGCUUCAAUCUCUGAAAUGUACCAAUUUUUAUGUGUUACAAUGCUAAUGCCGCGUAUGAAGAAACUGUCUUUGAGAGAAUAUUGGUCUACCGAUGAAAUGUUGAAAACCAAUAUUUUUCGCCAAAUAAUGGCACGAGACAGAUACAUGUUAUUAUUACAAAUGUUGCACUUCAAUGACAAUAAUAUAACAAAUGACGAUCCAUUAACAAAAAUACGACCAGUAGUUGAUAAACUAAAGAUAUCCUUUUCACAAUCGUUCACGCCAUACGAAAAUCUGUGCAUUGACGAAAGUCUUUUGCUAUACAAAGGUAGAUGUUAUUUUAAACAGUUUAUACCUUCUAAGAGAAGUAGGUUCGGUAUCAAGACAUUUCUCCUUUGUGACUGUAAAACUAAUUAUAUAUUGGAUUUUAUAAUUUAUACUGGAAGAAAAACAGAUAUUAAUGAAAAUAAUACAGCCAUUGGGAUUUCCGGAAAUGUUGUAAUGACACUUCUUCAACCAUAUCUGGAAAAGGGCCAUACACUAAUUACGGAUAAUUGGUAUACGAGCCCACGUUUAUUUACUUUAUUACAUCAACACAAAACCAACGCAUUUGGAACUGUUCGUAAAAAUAGAAGUGAAAUGCCCCAUAUGGAAGAAAACCUGAAGAGAGGAGAAAUUUGCUACCGGUCAACCAAUAUUUUAUUGGCAAUGAAAUGGCGUGACAAAAAGGACGUCUGGAUAUUGUCUUCUGUACACGCAGCAAGGUUGAUUGAAAUUCCGAAAAAAAGAUUAUCGUACAGGGUUAAAUAA